AUGGACACAACAUCAUCCACAGCCAUCGGCAACGGCGGCAGCAACAGCAGCAGCCUCAACAACAACGCCAACCCGCCCAGCAUCGAGCUCGCGUACAAGAAGAAAUGCAUCCAACUCAAGAAACGGCUCAACGAGAUCGAAACCGAAAACGACUCGAUGCGCAACCGCAACAAACGUGCCAAGUCGUAUAUUCAGAAAAUGCGCCUCGAGACUUGUAUCAUGCUGGAGCGACUGGCCACGUUGACGGGCAUGCUGGACGAGCAGCAGGGCUCCUCCGCGGCGCAGUCUGGUGGUCCGUUGGUGAAUGCUGAGCUGAAGGCCAAGGCCGCGGCGAUUAUGGGUGAUGCGCGUGCUGCGAUUGAACAUGAUGUUUUGGAUGAUGAGACAGAGGGGAGUUCAGAAGAGCGACCUCCAACGCCCCAAGAGCGACCUCUUCGCGUCAAACGCAGCCGCAGGUCCAACAUGCCCAUUGACGAACUCGAAGCCGAAGCAGCCAUGCAAUUCGAAGCCGCCAGUCCCGAAAAGUCGCAUACCAACAGCAUCAGCAACAACAACAACAACAACAACGGCAGCAACAACGCCGCCGCAGAAAGCGAAUUGGCUGCUACUUCGAGUCUGCCAGCGCUGGCUCCUGCGCCUUCGGGACAAUCACCCCAAGAUCAGCCCACAUCGACAUCUGGCUUUCGAGCGGUGAACAAUGGCGAUGCAGGUGGUAGCAGCAACAAAAUAAAUAAUAGUAGCAGCGCCGCUGGAAAUGAAAACGGCGAGUCGCCAGCUGAUGAGCCUGUUCCGAUGGAUGUUGAUGAGCGGGUGACCAAGUCGGAGAGUUGA